UCUCUGGUUUCAGUACGGUGGAUUCGGAGGAGAGUGGAGUUAUCAUUGAAAUUUCUCGGUGGGUUUUAGGCGUUUUCUGUCACCGAGGUGAGGUGCUCGAGUUGACAGAAUGCCACCGAAAAAGGUGCCGGCGGCGCCGAGCAAGAAAACGGAGCAAAAGAAGAAGGAAAAGGUUAUUGAGGACAAGACUUUCGGUAUAAAAAACAAGAAAGGUGCCAAGCAACAAAAGUUUAUUCAGCAAGUGGAAAAGCAGGUAAAAUCGGGCGGCGUAAAUCCUCGCAAACUCGAUGAUCCCAAUGCCAAGAAGUUGGAGAAGGAGAAGAAGCUGAAGGAACAGAAGGAACUAGCUCUUAUUUUUAAGCCCGUUCAAACGCAAAAGAUAGAAAAAGGCAUAGACCCCAAGUCUGUCGUGUGCGCGUUUUUUAAACAGGGACAAUGUACAAAAGGAGAUAAGUGUAAAUUCUCGCAUGAUUUGAGCAUCGAGCGGAAAGCUGAGAAGCGAUCUUUAUAUUGUGAUAUGAGAGAUGACGAUGAUAAGGAGGGGGAUACGAUGGAUAAGUGGGACGAGGAUAAACUGAAAGAGGUUGUGGAAAAGAAACAUGGUGGUGGCAAUCGUCCAACUACCGACAUUAUAUGCAAACACUUCUUAGAAGCAGUAGAGAAAUCAAAAUAUGGUUGGUUCUGGGAAUGUCCGUCUGGUCAAAAAUGUAUCUACAGGCAUGCUUUACCUCCUGGAUUUGUCUUGAAGAAAGAUAAGAAAAAGGAGGACAAGAAGGAUGAAAUCUCCUUGGAGGAUCUAAUAGAAACGGAAAGGGCCAAUUUGGGACCUAAUCAGACCAAGAUAACACUAGAGACAUUUUUGGCUUGGAAGAAAAGAAAGUUGAAAGAGAAACAGGAGCAGGCGAUCAAGGAUGAGGAGAAAAAGAGGAGCGAUUAUAAAGCUGGACGUCAAGUCGGUAUAUCAGGAAGAGAAAUGUUUUACUUCAAUCCAGAGCUUGCAGCAGGAGAUGGUAUCGAUGAAGGAGAUGAAGCAAUAUCUAGUUAUGCUCGUGAAGAAGAUGAUUUUGAAGAUGUACAGUAUAGAGAACUUGAUACGGAUCGUCUUGCUUUUGAAGCUAGUGAAAUCGAUAUUAACGGUAUCACAGUGGCAGCUGAGGAUCGGUUAAAGGCCAGCAAUGCCACCGAUAACAAUAAAGAUACUACAGUAACCGUGGACGAGGGUGCUGUUGCCGUAGCUAUUAACGAAAAUCUUUUCGUGGAGGAGGACCUGGAGGGUUUGGAGGAAGAAUUGGGGGACCUGGACUUGGAGGAGUAAGCCAGAUGUCCCGAUCGUGACUCUCCUCACCACUGUCCCUCUGCCUUGUGUUUUAUUCUUUUAAAUACGUAUCACUCGGAUAACCAUUAAGCCUCAAGUGUGAUGCAUUUGUAUAUUGUAUAUAUCGCAUCGUAUUUACAUAAAUAUUGUAUUUGUGUACUUGAGCAUGUAUACAGAAACUUGACGUCGCGCAAACAAGUGAUACACCAGAACUCGACACCAUCACUGUCUCCGAUUAAAAUCAAGUUUGUCUUUUUAUAAUGUCAAGUUUAUCCGAUGAUUACCUACGAAUAUCAGGAUGCUUAAUGUUAAACAUUAAAUCAUGUACAUUAUUUUUGUAAUAUCGACAUAUGAUGGCAUUUACGUCCGAUACACAAUUAUUAUACGAAGACUUCUCUCCCCCCUUUUUUCUCUAAUUAAAAUUUCUAGCCGCCAGGAACGUGAGAAAAAAAAUGAAAUAUGCAAUCUAGUCAAAAAGUUGUCCGAAUACAAUACAUCAAAAUGAUAGGAAUAAUAGGAAGACACCAAAAUACUGAUAGCACAACAUAUAUUCUAUAUUCAAAUAUACUUUUAUGAAAAUAUUUUUAUAAAAC